CUCUCUCUCUUAUAAUUCUCACUCACAAAAACUGUUGAUGUUUCUCAAAAACCAUGCGAGUCUAUAAUCUCUUAAGGUCUUUUUUAUUAUUAUUAUUAGAUCGGAGGAAAACAGCGCACCUUGUACACGCAGUGAUGCCUCCACUCGCCGCUUCACUCCAGUCCAGCGGGUGGCGCUAAAACACAUACAUUGUUUAAAAAACAACAUUAAACCACAGAGGAAGAACCUUAGUUUCUCUCUGUUGUUUUUACCAUUGAUGCUGAUUUAAUGCAAAAAUCAGGUCAGCAAAUGUUGUAAUCAUCUCAUUCUCACAGCCGUGACUUUUUGUAAUAAGCAGGAAUAUCUGUAGGAGUAUCAUCUGAACUGAGAUCUGCUGCUGUGAAGAUGGAGUUUAUUAAAGAGGAGAGUGAAGAGGACAUCAGUGAACUAGAAACCUGGAGAAUAAAACAAGAGGAACCAGAACCCUGCAGAAUAAAACAAGAGGAACCAGAACCCUGCAGAAUAAAACAGGAAGAACCAGAAACAUUGAAAAUAACACAGGAGGAACCAGAACCCUUGAUAAUAAAACAGGAGGAACAAGGAGAGUUUAAUGAAGGAUAUGAGGAGAAUGUAGAAUUGAGUGAAUCUGAGGUGAAAAAACAUAUCAAAACCAGAGAAAAACAUUGGAGUUGCACUCAAACCAAACAAAAAGAUUUGAAGAAAAGAAGAGCAAAGACAUAUUUCAACUGCACUCAGUGUGGAAAGAGCUUUACAAGCAAAUAUAGACUUAAUGUUCACAUGAGAGGUCAUACUGGAGAGAAACCAUUCAAGUGUUCACACUGUGACAAGAGAUUCAUUUAUUCAGGAGACCUGAAAACACAUGAGAGGAUCCACACCGGAGAAAAACCACACACAUGUGAUCAGUGCGGGAAGAGUUUCACAAUAAAAGGACACCUUAAUAGGCACAUGAGAGUUCAUACUGGAGAGAAACCAUUCACUUGUGAUCAGUGCAGGAAGAGUUUCACGAUAAAAGGACACCUUAAUAGACACAUGAGAGUUCAUACUGGAGAGAAACCAUUCACUUGUGAUCAGUGCGGGAAGAGUUUCACACAAUUAUCACAUCUUAAGGAUCACAUGAACAUCCACACUGGCGAGAAGUGGCACACGUGUGAUCAAUGUGGCAAAACAUUUCUGAGGGCAUCAGACCUGAUGAAACACAAGAUAGUUCAUACAAAGGAGAAACCACAUUCAUGUUAUUUGUGUGGGAAGAGUUAUUCAUGUCUUCAAAGCUUGAAAGAACAUCAGAAAAUACACACUGCUGUGAAAGAGUAUGUGUGCUUUGUGUGUGAGAAGACUUUUACUUUAUCUAAAUAUUUAAAACAGCAUGAGAGGAUCCACUGUGGAGAAACACCUUACAAGUGUUCACACUGUAACAAGAGAUUCAGUCAGGCACCACUUCUGAAACGACACGAGAAGAUUCACUCUGGAGAGAAACCUUACCAGUGUACACACUGUGAACAGAGAUUCAGCCAGUCAGGAAAUCUGAAAAGACACGAGAGAAUCCACUCUGGAGAGAAACCUUACAAGUGUUCACAUUGUGACAAGAGAUUCAGUCAGUCAGGAGACCUGAAAACACACCAGAGGAUCCACUCUGGAGAGAAACCAUAUCACUGAACUGCAUGUGGGAAUCGUUAUAAUCAACCAUCUGCUCUACACAGUCAUAUAAAAAGCUAUCACAGCAAGUAGAUCAUCUUCAGAUCAGCACUUUCACGUCUAAUGCUGCAUCCUCGUCAAAUGAAACACAAUAAUGCAUCAAGUAGUAAAACAUCAUCUGGAUAAAUCUGUCCUAACCAGACAUUACAAGAGACAUGACAAAUAAACAUUAAUUGAAGUUUUAAAGUAAAGAAAGUUAAUCUUUAUCUUCAAAACCAGAGAAAAAUGUCAGAAAUAUUUAUUCUUGUAUAUCAUUGUGUUUUCUUAUAAGUUGCAUAUUAUGUUCAGUUGUCUUAUAAUGCAUAUGUGUCACCUGUAGUUUGCUUAGUUUGCUUUUGAUGUUUGAUGUAAAUUACAGUAGUAUAUUAGAGGAAAUUUAGUGUCUUGAGGACAUGUGUUUCUGUUAAUUCCACGUGACCAUAGUAAAACAUUAUUAUAAGUUUAUACCACUAAUCUAUAAUAGUGAACUGGCAUUGCUAUUCCCUAGUAUUCCCAUAUAUUCAAAUGAAUUAAGAAUAAAUCGUUUCAGUUUGAGAAAACAUU